AUGCAAAACAAUCAAGAAGUCUUUACAUUAAUAUUAACUAGCUACCAGAAGAUAUUACAAAAACUGGAAUCAUUUGAGAAUAAAUUCAGUAUCAAUGAAGUAAAUGAUAAGAUAGAUCAAUUAAGUUCACAAUUAUCUAAUUUAGAACAAAAAAUUAAUGAAUCCAAUGAGAAUAAGUUUAAUGAUUUAAAUUUACCAAUUAGUGAAUUUAGUUAUUUAGGUUUUAGUAAUAAAAAUAUUGAAUUUAUACCAGAAGAUGAAAAAUUAAAUAAAAACAAAAAGGUUAACAAGACUAAUAAAAAAGUUAAUAAUAAUAAGAUUAAUAAUAAAGUAAAUGAUAAUAAAAUUAAGAAAGUAAAUAAUAAUAAAAUUAAGAAAGUAAAUAAUAAUAAAAUUAAGAAAGUAAAUAAUAAUAAGAUUAAAAAAGUAAAUAAUAAUGAAAAUAUUAAUGAUAUUAAUUCUUUAAAUAUGAGAUUAAAAACAACAAUACAAAAUAAUAGUAAUUCAUUAUUAGCAGAAGAUUUUAAUAUUUUCUCAAAUUCAAUAGAAGAAUUUAAAAAAACUAAUGUUAAAAAACCUAAAAAUAUAUUUAAGGAAACUCAAUUUAUCAGCAUGUCUCAACAACCUCAAAAGACAGUAAAUUUUUAUUCUCUUUCUCAAAAUCCUUUACUUCAACAAAAACGAAUUAUUAAUCAGCAAGAUAGAAGUUUAAACUCUUACAACCUUAAUUCUUUUAAAAAUAUAAACACUAAAUUUAUUAAUCACUACGAUGAAGAAAAAAGUACAAGUAAAGAUGUAACUCGAUUUUAA